AUGUUGUUAAGCGAGUCCCCUUUGGGAACACCUUCGACACCAGUACGCUCAGCACUUCCGAACACAUUCGGUACAUGCUCAACUCCACAACGGGCAAAUCGGGUCAUGAGUCGACUCCAAAUAGACGUGAAUCCUUUCGUUACGACAUCUCCAACUGAAGCAACAGUUUCUGCGCCUUUCCGUACAACUGUUUUGCAGAGAGCUCCGUUUCGUCACUUGAGAUCGCUUUCGAAGUCAAAUGAUGCACCUUCACCGAAACGAGCUCACAGUACAGCCUCAAACGAUACAAACGGAAUUAUUGAAAAACUGUUCCAUGGUGAAACUAUGCAGUCUCUCAGCACGAACGAAUCGAUUUGGAACUUUAAUAAUCGAAAUCCCCCAAUCAAGCAAAACUUCAUAGCUUGCUCUUCUCAAUUCCAAAAGGAAAAUGGUUCGAAGCCGAUAUUGCAAGAAUCGAAUAUGUUCAAAGUAUUUUAUGAGACGGAACCGAUGGAUUGUGAAGUAAACAACGAUGAAAUUGCGUUCAGAAAUUUUAUGAAUGAUUCGAUGGAAAUCGACAUUGACGACGAUAUAUGCAAAAUGGAAGUAGACUCCAUUGCUGAUGUGGAUAGUCUAAUGGAUUACAUUCCUAUACAUUGA